CCGCGCCCCGGCCGCACGUCCCCGCGGAGUCCGCCGCCCGCGCCGCAGCUGAGCCGGGCGCCCCACCAUGCCGCGGGCCCCCGCGCCCCUGUACGCCUGCCUCCUCGGGCUCUGCACGCUCGUGCCCCGGCUCCCAGGUCUCAACAUAUGCACUAGUGGAAGUGCCACCUCUUGUGAAGAAUGUCUGCUAAUCCACCCAAAAUGUGCCUGGUGCUCCAAAGAGGACUUCGGCAGCCUGCGGUCGGUCACCUCCCGGUGCGACUUCAAGGCAAACCUGGUCAGGAACGGCUGUGGCGGCGAGUUUGAGAGUCCGGUCAGCAGCACCCAGGUCCUUCGGAGCCUGCCUCUCAGCAGCAAGGGCUCCAGCCCCGCGGGGUCAGACGUCAUCCAGAUGACGCCGCAGGAGGUCACGGUGAACCUGCGGCCCGGUGACAAGACUACCUUCCAGCUGCAGGUUCGACAGGUGGAGGAUUAUCCAGUGGACUUGUACUACCUGAUGGACCUCUCUCUGUCCAUGAAGGAUGACUUGGACAACAUACGGAGCCUGGGCACCAAGCUUGCCGAGGAGAUGAGGAAGCUCACCAGCAACUUCCGCUUGGGGUUUGGGUCCUUUGUAGACAAGAACAUCUCUCCUUUCUCCUACACGGCACCGAGGUACCAGACCAACCCGUGCAUUGGUUACAAGCUAUUCCCAAACUGUGUCCCCUCCUUUGGGUUCCGCCACCUGCUGCCUCUCACAGACAGAGUGGACAGCUUCAACGAGGAAGUUCGGAAGCAGAGGGUGUCCCGGAACCGCGAUGCCCCCGAGGGCGGCUUUGACGCAGUGCUCCAGGCGGCUGUCUGCAAGGAGAAGAUCGGCUGGCGAAAGGACGCGCUGCACCUGCUGGUGUUCACAACGGACGACGUGCCCCACAUCGCGCUGGACGGAAAGCUGGGGGGCCUGGUGCAGCCUCACGACGGCCAGUGCCACCUGAAUGAGGCCAACGAGUACACUGCCUCCAACCAGAUGGACUAUCCAUCCCUUGCCUUGCUUGGAGAGAAAUUGGCAGAAAACAACAUCAACCUCAUCUUUGCAGUGACGAAGAACCAUUAUAUGCUCUACAAGAAUUUUACAGCCCUGAUACCUGGAACAACGGUGGAGAUAUUACACGGAAACUCCAAAAAUAUAAUUCAACUGAUUAUCAAUGCAUACAACAGCAUCCGGUCUAAAGUGGAGCUGUCCGUCUGGGAUCAGCCGGAGGAUAUCAAUCUCUUUUUCACUGCUACCUGCCAGGACGGUGUAUCUUACCCUGGUCAGAGGAAGUGUGAAGGCCUGAAGAUCGGGGACACAGCAUCCUUUGAGGUGUCAGUGGAGGCCCGGAGCUGCCCGGGCAAACACACGCAGCCCACGUUCACCCUGCGGCCCGUGGGAUUCCGGGACAGCCUGGAGGUGGGGGUCACCUACGACUGCAGGUGCAGCUGCAGUGCAGGACUGGAGCCGGACAGCGCCAGAUGCAGUGGCAACGGGACUUACGUCUGCGGCCUGUGUGAGUGCAACCCCAGCUACCUGGGCACCAGGUGUGAGUGCCAGGAAGGGGAGAGCCAGAGCGGGUACCAGAACUUGUGCCGAGAAGCGGAGGGCAAGCCCCUGUGCAGCGGACGCGGGCAGUGCAGCUGCAACCAGUGCGCCUGCUUCGAGAGCGAGUUUGGGAAGAUCUACGGGCCCUUCUGCGAGUGCGACAACUUCUCCUGUGCCAGGAACAAAGGAGUCCUCUGCUCAGGUCAUGGCGACUGUCACUGCGGAGAAUGCAAAUGCCACGCAGGUUACAUCGGGGACAACUGUAACUGCUCGACAGACAUCAGUACGUGCCAGGCCAGGGAUGGCCAGAUCUGCAGUGACCGCGGGCACUGUGUCUGUGGGCAGUGCCAGUGCACGGAGCCAGGGGCCUUUGGGGAGACGUGUGAGAAGUGCCCGACCUGCCUGGAUGCUUGCAGCACCAAGAGAGACUGUGUUGAGUGCUUGCUGCUUCACUCAGGGAGCUCAGCUGACAACCAGACCUGCCAGAACCUGUGCAAGGAUGAGGUGAUCACACGGGUGGACACCAUCGUGAAAGAUGACCAGGAGGCUGUGCUUUGUUUCUACAAAACUGCCAAGGAUUGUGUGAUGAUGUUCACGUACGCAGAGCUCCCCAGUGGGAAGUCCAACUUGACAGUCCUCAGGGAGCCAGAGUGUGGAACUGCCCCCAAUGCCAUGACCAUCCUCCUGGCCGUGGUCGGCAGCAUCAUCCUGAUUGGGCUUGCGCUCCUGGCCAUCUGGAAGCUGCUUGUCACCAUCCACGACCGGAGAGAGUUUGCGAAGUUCCAGAGUGAGCGAUCCAGGGCCCGCUACGAAAUGGCUUCAAACCCUCUGUACAGAAAGCCCAUCUCCACGCACACCGUGGAUUUCACCUUCAACAAGUUCAACAAAUCCUACAAUGGCACAGUGGACUGAUGGCUCCUUCCCCUCAGAGGGCUGGAGGGGCAAGCGGUCACGCCGGAGACGGACACGCUUUGGACAGCUGCUCGGCUUGAGCACGGUUCCCUGCACGGCCAAGCGCAGAGACCUUCCGGUGAGCCUGGGCGAGGAGCCCGCACAGGAAGGUGCCUGGCCGUACCCCCUGGCCACCCCUCCAAGCCCGGCGACAGCGCUCUAGGCUUCCCUCAGCACGUCCAGCUUGUCCCAAUGAACUGCUGAGAUGCAGGCUGUGUCUCCCUUCCGGGAGGGCUGGGCCUCCAGGCUGGCCGGAUGAGAAGGCUCUCGGGAGUGUCAGAGUGAGUAGAACCCACACAGUCUGGCUUCGCCCCCGUUGAUCAUCUUUAAAUGAACUAAAGUGACCGUGCAUCUCUGGUAUAGUUCCGACUCCUGAGAAUGACCUCCCUGGUGUCUCUGCCUUGCACAUGGCUGUUGGUGAUGGGAUUACUGAGACGCCUGUUGAAGGCACGUAGUUUGCAGAUGUCAACUUUCUUCCCCUGUCUGUGUGUGUUUAGUACUUUUGUAACAAAAAGGAAAGAUUUUUUUGGGAUUGAAAGUAAAGAUUAAAACCAAAAGAUUUUGUCUUUGCCUGACACUCUUUACGACUUGCACGUUCCUUUCUGAAGGGGAUGGUGCCCCAGUGGGGAUUGAAAUGGCUGAGUACUCACUCAGGGGACGCCACACAAGCCAGUCCAAUGCUCCGGACCAGGGCUCAUCACACGGGGCUCUGUGCGGUACCCAGGGCGUUAGCAGGGGUGGCCCUAGGUAAGCAGGUGUCUCUGGAGCCUCUGAGCUUUUACUUAAAGAAAAAGUUGAGGCUAGAAACGGUGAAGACCACCCCUCUGGCCUCCCUGCCCUGUUCCCAGGUGCUAAGGCUGGAAAUAGAUUGUGCAGAUGAAGAAGGGUCAAGCUGUGGCUUCCACACACAGUCCCUUCUUGCACAUGUUUAUUGACAACAGUUUCCUUCCAGUGCCCUCCCCAGCCGAAGUCCUGUGCCCCAAAGCACAAAACCCAUUUCAGCUGUCCUUCCCCGCAGGGCCCUUAAGUCCCCUCUGUUCUCGUAUCUGAGUCAAAAGUUAUCUGGGAAUAGGAAUCCCUCGUUUGUAGAAGAGGAAACAGAUUGCUAGAGAGGGGCAGUGGCUUUCCCACGUGUCACAAGGCUAACUGAUGACAAGCUGGUACAAAGAGCCAGGGCUCAGGUGCAGCGCCGGCCUCCUGCUACCUGCUCCUUUCUGUAAAGUCUCUUUCACUAAUCACUUUGCUGCUGCUGGCAUCACUUCAAGGCUAUUGGGCUUUCAUCCCAGAUUCAUCUGUUCGCAGCUUGGACCAACUUCCCUUUGCUUCAUUUUGGCAAGCACUAAGACAAAUGCCUGUCAGUAAACAGACUAUUUAUUACCUGCGGCAAAUAUGAACAGAUUCUGUGUUUCCUUUGUCCUGUGUAAUUAGGAUGAAACAGAGACCUUGCGACCUGGUGAAGCUGCCUUAAAUCCUUUUUGGAAUAAAGCCAAGUGUAGGUAAAUAUACAAAAUAGACACGUGGCGGUUUUGAGACUUUUCUAAACUGAGAAAAAUAUGAUUUCGGAAGAAACUUUGGGUUUCUCUUUUGUUUGAUUGCGGCUUUCCUGGUGACACAUCAUUUACUUGCUCGAAGUCUCAUUUUCCAUCAGGCAGCUCUGUAAGGGCACAGCGUUCUUGAGCUACAGACAGAAAGGAUGAGUUGCUCCAGGCUUCCCCCGGAUGUGGAAGUUAGGGCUGUUUCCUCGGUGACACCAGAUGGCUGUUGAUGGAGCUGUCGCUGACAGUGCCCUGCUGCCCCCUGCUGGAAUCUCUGGGAACAGCUGUUCGGAGACCUGACUCCUGAGAUUCUGACCCAGGGUGUGGUUCCCUUACUUCUUUCCUCUGGUGAUUUGGCCAUGCCCUCACCGCCCCCCCCCGCCGCCACCCCGUUAACACAGGUAACAGAGCAGGUGGGUUGCAAAGCUCUCUCAAACCGAGGGCUGAUAGGCAUUUUCUUUCGUUGCUGGGCUGUGGAAGCACACAGGUGGGAGUGACCUCCUCGUUGUGUGGCCGCAGGGACCCCUACAAGGAGCACCUGGUGGUCUCUGGAAAAUUCUUUACUCGUAUCUGUUUGGAAAGAUGAUCAGUAAUGCGCUUGUUUGUUGGAAAGGAAGAGUGGGGAGGGACUAUUUACCUUUAAAAUCAAUCUAUGUUGAUUUAAUACAGAUUUCCAAAUGGUACUUAUUUUUAUUGAUUUUAACAGUUUACUUUUCUAAUGCAAAAGUACAUGGAAAAGAUGGAAAAUAAAGAGGUCAUAAAGAAAUAAAAACACAGAGGUAACGAC